CCAUUCCUCGUCCUCGUCCCCGUCCCUUUCCGCUUCCUCUACCCUUUAAUCUAACCCUCAACUAGUACAUGGACACAUUGGCCCUUCCUCCGACCCUCAAAUGCGAACUGAAUUUACUUCAGUUCCAUCGCCUUCGGUUCCGCCUUCUUCUUCAACACAACACUCGAAUUAUGAAGAAGAUACCCGAUUCAUGAUAGCCCCAUUUGGAGAUUCAUUCACGGAUGCUACGUAUGUUGUGAGGAGACUUAAUAAAAUAAUCAAUAACUAUUGGAUGGGGCAGUAUAGUAGUUGGACCACCGCUCCAAAAGAAAUAAAGGAAUUGUGGUGGAAUGAGUUCAAGCGGAAGUUCAGGUGGGAUGAAGCGGAAGAGAAAGAAGUUAAAAGAAAUUUUAAGAAGAAAGCCGAUGAUCACAUGCGAAAUGUGAUGAAUAGAGCAAAGAGAAGUCAAGAAAAGUCAGAUUUUAUUACAGCUGACAAUUGGGCGGAAAUUAAGAGCACUUGGGACACCGAAAAGCAUAAGCAAAUCAGUGAAAUUAAUAAGAAGAAUCGAGCUUCUAGUUCUAGUGAAGGGUCUGCCACAUAUGUUGGGGGCUCUAUCAAUAUCGAGAAGCAUAGAAAAAGAAUGGCAGAUGAAUUGGGGACGGAACCAACAUUUAUGGCUACAUUUGAACACACCUUUCAGAAAAAAGAUAAGACUUGGACUGGCAAUCGAGCAAAAGCUAUUAAGGACAAAUAUGAUGAACUUGUAAUGAGCACGGCUGCUGCUAGUGGUGAUGGUGAUGGUGACGGUGAUAGUGUUGCUGCGUCCGAGAUAUUAUGGCAUUAUGGAUGGAGGCAUCGGGUGGAAUGA